AUGGAUCUUUCUCGAGUCAUCAAGCCUUGGAAACUGGAGCCUCCGAAGACUUUGGUCUUUGUGAACGCGACUAUCAUUGACCCCGUUGAAGGACAAUUAAUUCCCAAUGCCACCGUCAGGAUAUCCGGAGGGAAGAUCGCUCAAAUUGACACCACUGGCUCCGAGACAGUAAAGGAGGGUGUCGACAACUCCGACAUCAUCGACCUUAGUGGAAAGUAUCUAUGUCCUGGCCUGAUCGACUGCCAUGUGCAUAUUGCUGUGACCCCAGGCGAAGCCGACUUGCGAGCAUACAACGAUAUGACGGAGCGAAUUAGUCUGCUCCGACAGCCACACGUCCUCAAGACUAUGCUUGAGCGCGGAUUCACCUCAAUCCGCGACUGCGGUGGCGCGAGCCUUGCCAUGAAGGAGGCUAUUGAGGAAGGAGUCGUACCCGGCCCUCGCCUUUUCAUCGCUGGCUUUGCACUCUCUCAGACUGGAGGCCACGGAGACAUGAGGGCGCGCCAUGACGAUAAACUCUGCUGCGGUGGUUCAAUCUCCGGUAUUAGCAGGAUUGUCGAUGGACCAGCCGAGUGCUACAAAUUCGCACGCGACGAGCUUCGACAGGGUGCGGAUUUCAUCAAGAUCAUGGGUGGAGGCGGUGUCGCAAGCCCGACCGACCGAAUUGAACAUGUGCAGUUCUCAGAUGAGGAGAUCAAGGCCAUUGUCACUGUUGCGAACAAUGCGGGCACAUACGUGACCAGCCACAGUUAUACGCCCCAGGCCAUUCAGCAGGCUAUUAAUCUGGGUGUUCGCGGCAUUGAGCACGGCAACCUCAUCGAUUUGGAGACGGCCCAGCUGAUGGCCGAGAAGAAGGCAUUCUUGACGCCAACCCUCAUUGCCCACGUUAUGUCGAAGCAGAUGAACUUCCUGCCACCGGAUGGCGCGGCCAAGAACGACGAAGUUCUUGAAAAGGGACUCAGAGCGAUGAAAAUGGCCGUUGAUGUUGGAGUCACUGUCUGCUUCGGCACUGAUCUCUUGGGUCCGAUGCACUUUGCUCAGAGCAAGGAGUUCACCGUCCGUAGCAAGGUUCUGACCCCGAUCCAAAUUUUGCGGAGCGCGACUACCAAUGCCGCUCGUCUUCUCAUGCAGGAGGAUCGACUCGGUCAGGUUCGGGAAGGCUUUGCCUCUGAUCUGCUGAUCUUGAAUGCCAAUCCAUUGGAGGAUAUCACAAUUCUGGACCGAAGUGAGCAAAGUAUUCUGGGUGUUGUGAAGGAUGGAAGAGUUAUGACCUCGCGAUGGGGCAAAUUGAGAGCGGACGCUUGA